AUGAUAACUAAACGUCAGACCCCGCAGCCAGCACUGCAAGUCCCAGUUCCGAAUUUCCCUUUCUCGUCGCCAAUCACCGAGGAAAUCGCAAGCCCAUCAUGUUCCUCGGCAGAGGGACACGACGAACAGAACCGACCAUUUGCUUUCUUGUCGAAGGCUACACGGCAAAAGAUCGAGGUGCAAACUGCCCAACGGGAAAGUCGCAUGCCGGCUACAACACGGGAUGCGUCGAGAUUGAAUAUCCGCGGCAUUACGAAGAAACGGAAAAGCGUCGCUAAGCCAAUCGGGUUGAAUCUCGUCACAGACUUUACCUUACCCCCAGCGGCCGCAGCGCAAAAACACAUGGUUGCAGAGAUAGAGCCAGCGGCGGCGCCAUUCGUUGAUUUGAAUGAUCUCAAGCUUCUAUGUAAAAGACGAGAACAGGAACGAACUGGGCAAAGAUCGAAAGACACAUUCAAAAAGAGGAUUUCACGCGGAUUCAAGCGUGUGCCCAAGGAAACAGAUCAGAGGCAAGACGGAAUAGGGAAUGGUAAUCCGUAUCUUAAUCCCGGAGCCCAAGACCCAUUCAAUGAUAUACACGAACAGGCCUUCUCACCAUCGGACCGCAAUGUCAUGAUUGGACUCGCUGUACCGAGCGAUGAGUCGAUCGAGCGAUUCAGGGAGGCUGAUAGCUCAGGCACACCGCUUACGCCUUCAAUUUUCGUUACUUCAGCAAACGAGGAAGCAACUUGGAACUUGUAUUCCAAUACGAGCAGCGAGAUGCUUCGCCCCAGAGUAGCUUCCAGUGUUUACUCCCAACCCACACCGCGCGUUUCGCAAUUUGACGCAGAUGUUCCACCUGUACCAACCAUACCAGCUCAGCACUCAGGUACACAAAACAACGACAAGCAACUGGGUGUGGUAACAAGAAAUCAACGCGCAUUGUCAGUUGAUACCUGGGAAGACAUUAGCCUACCGCCGACACCAAACAAAACAGGACAGACACUCACCGUCAACACUAGCCUGGAGCCCGAUAGACCCCAAUCCCAGGGAUGGUGGACAUAUCUCCUUUCGCCGAUUCUUAGCCGCUCUGUCAAAUCCCCACUCAGCCCAUCUUUCCCCCGGGAUUCACCCUCUACUCCGUCAACAUCAACCACGCCAGCACGAAUAGCACCAAAGGAAUGGUGGGACAAGAAGAAAGAAGUUUCCUGCUUCUCGCCGGACACACCGGCAACAAUAGCUCCCAUCGGCGAACGGGGACGCACGAGUGAAUGGCGUGACAGGGAAAAAGAAAUCUCAUGCUUUUCACCAGAUACGCCGGAGACAACAGCUCCCAUGGACGAGAAAGCAUUUGAGAUCACUCAGUCAAUGGAAGCCGAAAAGCAUCAAAAAGUUGACACCCUGGAACGAGAACGAUCUCCCCCGCCAGCCUACGUUUCAAAUACCUCAAGCAGACAAAAUAUAAUGUCUUUCAUGUUUAGCAACGGUCAAACAAUCCAAGGCGAGGCAGCGGAGUAUUACCAAGCAUGUGCACAUGAAUUGUUCAGCAAAACGCCCUAUUUUCCAUGCUUGAACCACGUCUGCUCCAUAACGCCUGUCAACGUUACUAUCCCCGCAGGAGCGGAUGGCAAUCGAAGGUUGGCUUUUGCCGGAGUCGAUGCAUCGCAUCCGUAUGAUGGACUGUCAAGUCUCGAAGAGACAAGCGGAAACUACACGCCAGUGGCCAAUUCGACUACAACAACCAAAGAUGCCGGGUUGCUUAUUGAUGUUGACUCGCCACGCUCUAUCAGUGUUACCCCUACUAUGGCUCCGUCUGCACAUGCGGUUCAUGCGAAGGAGGCGCAGGUCCAGUCGCCUGCAUCUGCUACAAGUGUUGAUUCUUGGGAUGCUUCCAUUACCAGCGAUGAUGAGAAAGAUCAUGUACCACCACCUAUUUCCAGAAAGGCUCCGCCACAGCGUUCUUCUCAGCCUGUUGUUGCGGCUCCCGUUCCUGUGCCAAUUGAACCGACCGAAGGAGAGCUUCCAGCUCAAACUACGCCAGCUCCAGUUCCAGCUGCUAUUCCCAUGCCCGGGCCCGCCCAGGUCGCUCCGCAGAUUGUUACCAACGUGCACUACCCCUCGCCCCCGCCACAGCUGGUUCAGCAGCAACCGAUGAUUGUGUCACACUAUGUGCCUUUUUUCCCUCCAAAUCAACCUGGACAGCCGACAGGUCCGUUAGUGCCGGAAGCAGUGCCCCAAGAGCAACAGGGUCCACAGGAGCAGUCACGAGGAAUUUCAGAUGGACCGCUUACCCAAGAAGCUCCGUUAAUGUCAUCAGGGUCGGAGUGGCCAUGGGGAAAACGGGGACAGGCAGGGAAAACGCCUCCCCAACCACAGCGUCAAACAUCUAUUCCCCAAGAGCAAUUCAACGGGUUUGAAUGGGCGUACGAUCAACAGGAAACAUCGCACUCAGCUCCGGGUACGCAAGCGUCACCUCAAACUUCUCAGGUUCCUCCUGCCAGUGAUGAGAAACCAGCUCCCCAACAAUUGCGGCGAGCUUCCACUCAACGACCAAACCAUUUGCAAAGACCGGUUGUUGUUCAGGGCCGGCAAUCUGGGUCUGGAUGGCCGUUCGUCGAAAAGGCUCAUCCUCACUCGAACGCACCGCCGGUACCAGCUAUGCCUCAAACAUUGCCCAAUGAGCCAGCGCUUCAGCGACAAGUACAACAAUCAGAACAAUCCGUCGAUCAAGAUCAACCAAUUGUGUCCGACGUGCCGCAUGGAGAGCGAGAACUACCCGACGGGUCUGAAUUGAUUCCUCCCCAGGCACACUUGCCAAAGUCUGAACCCAUCUCUCCCGGUUUCCAGCGUGCAGCUGGUGGCCCAGGCUCCAUUCCAAUGGAUUAUAUGCCGGCACCGGCUCCUGCAUACACGCAAUUGCCCAAAAUUGCUUCCAUUCCGCCACAGUAUGGGCUCCAUCCACCCUACCAGCCUACAUAUGUAGAAAAUGCGACGAUUGUUAAUCCUGGUGGUGCGAUUGGACCCCAUGAAGCUCGACGCCGCAGGCUGGAGGAAGAGGACAAAAUAGGCCGAAAGACCUGUGGCCUGCUCAGCCUAUUCAAUAAGAAAAACGGACGUCCUGGGCGCGAAGGUCGAACUCGACGCAGAUGGUACUUUCUUAUCUUUAUUUUUUUCUUCGCCAUUGUGAUCAUUGCCAUUGUUUUGGCGGUCACAUUGUCAAGGAAAGGAGCCUCUUCAAUCGUUCAAUCUCAGUGGCUUAAUCUCACCGGGUACCCGCCCAUGCCAACGGGCAUUGCGACACUCGCUGGCACUGAGGCUCAGGUUGAAAAGUCAACAUGUAUCACCCCGUCUUCAAUGUGGAGUUGUGCUUUACCCAAGGCCCAACAGGAGUCCAAUGAACCAUACGAUGCAAAUCAACCCAACUUCCGCGUCUUCAUCGGCUUCCGCAAUGGCACCUAUGAUAACAGCACUGAUUUGUCUAACUCGACCCACAGUCUACGCAGGAGAGAUGACCAAUUCGCUUUUUCACCCGCUGCCCCCAGCAAUGCGGAUCAAAGCUUCUUGGGUCAAUACACAGACAACAAUACCAUACCCUACUCGGGCGAAGAGACACCAUUCUAUAUGUCAAUGCUUUCACCUGUAUCCCUCUUAUCAACAGAUAUCUAUCGUCGUUCCGUCAAAUCCAAUGAAACAUACUUCCCUAACAUCUCAUCUAUCAUUCUCGCACCAGACGAGAACUACGACGGUUCAGCAGCAGCCGCGAUGCUCUAUCCACUCCCUUCAGCGCAGCCGGUCCGUCUUUACAACCGGGGCCAGUCUAGCGAGCACUACGGCUUCUACACUUACUUUGACAAGUCGAUUUUCCUGACCUCCCAGACCACCAUCGAGGUAGGCGACACCAACGGUGGGACAACACGAGACAAGGCAAAAUACCGCUGCACCUGGUCGCAAACCCGAUUCCUGGUCCAGAUUUGGACACAGGGUAGCAAAAUGAACCGCCAAUUAUUUCCCUACAGCAAUAUUACAGCAACAAGUACCUCAUCCGCCGCAACACCGACGUCAACAAGCUCCAACUCCACAUCAUCCUCUUCAGCAACGGACUUCUCCCGCCCAGGCUCAUUCCCAUACCCAGUCACCAUAACGGUCGACCGACAUGGUGGUGCGGAGAAAAAGAAAAUGGUAUACUGCUACCCCGUUGAAGACGACGGACACUACAAUAUCACGGGUGGGCAGCUGCAAAUCGAGGAUCGGGGUGUGGGUGGUGAACUGGUCAACCCUGCUGAGGGUCUUUUCAAGGGUGUUAGUGGGAUUACGAAUACCACGACGGAAGAUUACGGGGGUGUCGACGGUGGCACUGGGGGUUGUGGGUGUCAGUGGGUGAACUGGAUUUCGACUUUGUAG